AUGGUUUCAGAGGGAAACCCGCAGUUCCCUGCUGGAGCACCAGAAGUGGAGCUUGACAUUGAUCUUCAGACUGAUGUUACUUUGUGGAGGCUGAAUGUGUUUGUGCAAGAAGCAUUGAAAGCAGCUAACAAGAGCACUGGUGGACAAACGCCCAAAACAACAAUAAUGGUGGAGAGAUGA